GAUGAAAAAGAAUUGAGCUCCUAGAACAUGUACUUCAAAUAAUGCGAAAUAGGAUUUAAAACUGUAGGUAUGCUUUUGGAUCGGUUACGCAUUCGCUCGAAGUUUGCCUCGUUACAUCCUGAGUAGAUAAAAUCAUGCCCGGUUAUAUCCUGAGUAGAUAAAAUCAUGCCCGGUUAUAUCCUGAAUAGUUUUUUGAAAAUAAGAAAAAAUAGGAAGCGAAAAGAAUCAGGGAUUUGGGAAAAAGACGAAUAACAAAAUAAUUAAUGGUGCUCAAUGUAUUUGUACAGGGACACGAACUGGGUAGUGGAUGCCACGCGAACAGAAAGAACUGUUAGCACACUAUACCCGAUAUCGGGUCUUUCGGAAAUGUAAGAAACCUGGCACUGUUUCCAGGCCCGAAGGUAUGAAUAGAGUCGGCGACUCCCUGUGCGUCUUUCUUCCAACGUCCGUAUCCGGGGAAAGUUAUUUUCCGUCACUGUUUGACUGCAGACACCCGAAACCACACUCGGGAAUAUUACACGCGCGGAUUUGGAGUUAAUACACAGUUUCCCGCACCUUGUUGACGCCAAUUUCAGGUUACGUGUCCAAUAGCAACGCCUCUUUGGUCCACGGCUUUCACACCCACGAAUCCACCAAUAGGCAUUGAAGGUGGUUUUUAUUAUCCUUGGUCAUAAGAGCGGUGCUUUAUUUGGGGCCAACAAUAUCAAUGUUGUGUAGCAGAAAAUCUGUAGACUAUCUUUUAAUUCUUCUACUUGAGAGUUUCCACUUUUAAUAUUCAAGAACUGGCUUUGCCAGAUUGUGGGCAUAAGAAUUGUUGAUUUGCUAUAUUUUACUGCAGGAUAUUCUUAUUGAGAUAAUCAGUGAACUUUGAUGGUCUGGGCAAUUUUUCUAUUGAUUGAGUGGUAAUCAGAAUGGAUAAACCUUUACUGAUGCCAGCUUUGGACACCCAAAGAGAUGAGCUUUUGAAUAAAGUAUGUCAGGAAGGAGGCUUUGCAUAUGUUGCUUUAGAGAUGCUUGCUGCAACAGGGGAUGUUCAUGCUGCAGAGGCAGCCCAUGACAUGGCUUGGGAACAGUUGCAUUCAGCCCCAUGGCAUUCAGUUGAGCCAGUUUGGCGAGAUGCCUAUUCCCUUUCUUGCCUCCACAUGGCAUCUUUGUAUCACCGUGAUGGAAAAAAGGAGGAAGCCUUGCGGAUUUUGGACAUGGGCUUGAUAAUGGGUGGUCCACUUCUUCGUCUUGAUUUAAACUCUGCUAUAUUGUUGCUCCAAGGAGGGCCAAUUUCAACAAAGAAUGAUAUCGAUGAAGCAGAACGUGUUUCUACAGCUGUAAAGGAAAAUGACUCAGGUAUGCCAGCUGCUGUUGAAUCAGAGGAAACUUUUUCAGAAGAGCAAUCAACCCAAAGUUUCUCCAGACAGAAUCAUGAUGCAGGCAGUUUCAUGCCUAAUGGGGAUAUUGGAUUAUUGUUGAAGGAAGGGGCUGCAUCCUCUACCAAACAUGGCUUACAUAAGGAGAAACGGAAAUUUACAACUUUGGACAUAUCUAAUGAAGAUGAAUGGACAUCUCAAUUGUGCAAAGAUUCUCAACUUUUAAAGGUGUUUAAGGGUCUACCACAUGGAUCACUGUGCUCUAAAUUAAUUGAAAAAAUACAUAUGUUGUCUCUUGAAGCCUUCCUCUGUGAUUUCUUUCUACUUCGUCUUCCAGUUGUAAUCAGUGGUGCCAUGUCACAUUGGCCCGCAAUGAACAAGUGGAAAGACAUGGAAUACUUAAAGAGGGUUGUAGGAGACCGCACUGUUCCAGUUGAGGUUGGACGUAAUUACCUGGCUCCUGGGUGGAAGCAAGAACUGAUAACCAUUUCUCAACUUCUUGAAAGGAUUCAAUCUAGUGAGCAUUCAUCUAUGGGACCUACAUAUCUGGCACAACAUCCUUUAUUUGAGCAGAUAUCACAACUGGGCAAGGAUAUUUGUGUGCCUGACUACUGCAGUGCAAGCAAUGGUGAAUUGCAUUCAGUUAAUGCAUGGUUUGGUCCAGCUGGAACAGUAACACCUUUGCACCAUGACCCACAUCAUAAUUUUCUAGCACAACAGGUUGUUGGCAGGAAGUAUGUAAGGCUCUACUCAGCUUCUGUGUCAGAAGAAUUAUAUCCCUAUGGUGAACCAAUGCUGAGCAAUUCCAGUCAGGUGGAUCUGGAUAAUCUAGAUCCUAUAAAGUUCCCUCGAGCAGAAAAACUCACUUUUCUGGACUGUAUCUUAGAUGAAGGUGAGAUGUUGUAUAUACCACCUAAGUGGUGGCACUAUGUGAGAUCUCUUACCACAAGUUUUUCUGUCAGUUUUUGGUGGAAUGUAUCAAGUAUUGAUGAUGAUGGCUCUGAAUAAAAUAUUGUCAUUUGAAGUCUCUGAUUAUAAGAUCGAUCACAUAAGCCUCCCCUCAAUGUAAUUGCCUUCUUAAGAUGCUUAAGAGUAUAAUAAUGGAAACACGACAGUACAUUAGUAUGAAUGAUGUUUUGCAUUUUAUGCUCUUUCUGGCAUAUGCUAUUGUGGAUGAUGGUAAAAUUUCUUUUCGGAUGUCUAUGAUAUUUAGCCACGGUCAUAUUUGCAAUUUA